AUGGGGCUACAUGAGCCUAUGCCAAACCCAGAACCUAGUAACGCCCCGCCAAGGCCUCCGACGUACGAGGAGCUCGCAGAAAGCUGGAGCCAACUUAAUGCAACGAAUAAUCUACUCCGACGAAACCUAGACCAAAUGGCUAUAAGACUUAAGGACGCUGAAGGCGUACGAGAAGAACUCCAAGAGAUGAAAGCCCUUUUACCUCC